AUGUCUCGAAUACUCUCUCAAACCCUUCCACGGUCUUCUCUCCACCCCGCAUCCAUCACCCCUGGGGCCCUAAUCAGCCACCAUCGACACCGCUCCAACAAGCCCCACAAGGCCCAACUUAUCGAACUUGAAGUCGACUCGUCAUCUGCCUCUUCCCAUACCGAUUCGCCCGAGGAGGUACUCACGGUCGGGAUUAAGAAACUCGAGGAGGCUAUCCAGAGUAUCAUCGUGCGCCGUGCAGCACCCGAUUGGCUCCCAUUUUUACCUGGGUAUUCCUACUGGGUCCCGCCCCGGAGGAGUACUAUGAGACAUCCACAUGGUAUGAUUGAGGUGAUUGGAAAAUUAGCGUCUUCUGGGGUGGGAGCGGGGAAGAUUCGCCCGCAAUUUGAUCUUUUGACGGAGGAUGAAACGAUGUCGUUUACCUCUGCACGUGGAUGGCCCUCUUCUACUUUUUUCGUUGAAGGUACUUCACCCGUACAUCCAAUUCCAUUAAUGGAAGUGGAGAGUAUGCUUUAUGAAAAUCUGGUUGCUCGGGCUUGCUCACCCUUGUAG